UUUUGGAGGGAGCCGUUUAUACAUAAACAUAGUUUAAAAAGCUUGUAGUAGAGUUGAUUAAGAUAGUUUUUCAGGAUUAUUUAAUGACCAAAGAUUGGAUAACAGGAAUAAUUGGACCAGGAAAAAAGCCAAAAAUCAGUGGACUUAAAGUUGAACCGUCUUUUCCUAUUGUUCAUAAUUUAAUCGACCCCAUCUGAUCGUAUUUGUGUCAUUGUCAGCUUUAAACUUUUAUUACACCUUUUUUAACUUGCAAUGGAUCAAGCAUCUGUAUCAGUUUCAGAGAAGAAAUUUGAUUUCUCUCCUUUCCUGCAAUUUGGAGACACUCGAGACCAUGAGUUUAAACGUCGUGAACCUGUUGUUCAUAUCAACAAUCAGAAACAUGAAGCCGCUCGGAAAAAGAUGUUAUCCUUUGUACAAGAGGUUCAAUGGACUAAAAGUAAAUUAUCUCCAGGAGUUAGCUUGGCUUAUCUACAUCAUCACAAGUUAACACAAUUACUAAUUGGUUUGAUCAAAUUAGAGCCGAGGGCAACAAAAGUAAAUCAAAAUAGUGGACCUGUGGCUCAUAAAUUUUGUGUCUUAACUGGUGAAGUUGAUAUUAAAAUAGACGAUACUCCACUCUACAAAGAACGACGAUACAUACCUGUUCUUUAAGAGUGGGCCCAAUGUAUAAAAAGUUAAUCAUUCAAAUAAUGAUCAUUAUGUGUUUAUAAACUUGCAACAUUUCAUUGUUAAACGCAUCUUCUCACUUUUGGAUAAUUGUUUUUUCUCAGCUUUACAUUUCUUCAUUAACACAUCUAUUAAUAUCAACCAUGGUUUCAUUUUUUUCCAAUAAAUUAAUACCUGUACAUAAUGUAAAUGGAAGCCUAAACGUCAAAGCUAUCGGCAUGGCUUGUGAUUUAAUCUCUAAAGGAGGUAUUCUCGGUGUUCCCACGGACACUAUCUACGGUCUUAUUGGUUUGGCUCAAGAACCUAGUGUUGUCUCGCGUAUAUAUCAAAUCAAGGGUCGAUUAAAUUGUAAACCGAUUGCCAUAUGCUUAUCAAAUGUUAAUGAAAUAUCAAAAUGGAGUAUAGUCACUGUUGAUCAUAAAAUCUUAAAUGCUCUCUUACCUGGACCAUAUACGCUCAUCUUCGAGAGAUCGCCUCAAUUGAAUCCAUUGCUCAAUCCUGAAACAAAUUCAAUCGGUAUCAGAAUUCCAGAUCAUCCAUUUAUUUUAAAAUUGACCCAACAAAUAGCUGAGCCGUUAGCCUUAACCAGUGCCAAUAUCAGUGAUAAACCUAGCUGUACCCAAGUUGAUGAGUUUCACGAGCUUUGGUCAAAUCUUGAUGCCGUCCUCGAUGGAGGCAAACUAACUGGGGAUCCAAACAAGUUGGGAUCAACAGUAAUUGAUCUAUCCACCAAAGGUUAUUUUAAAAUAAUUCGUCCGGGUUGUGCUUACAACGAAGCUUUAAAAAUAUUGGAAACUCAAUUUGGCUUGUUAAAGUCAGCUAUAGAAACUUAAAUGUAUAGACAGAAAAAAUAACGGGUACAUAUUGUUCACCUAAAUUUUUACCUAAAUUACAAGUUAUCCUUUGUGGAAUCUAAUAAACCAUAAAUCAAUUAAGACUUGAUUUCUUAUCAAAAAGCCAAAAAAAAC